AUGACUGCUCCAUUAAUCCCAAACAAGUCAUGUUAUGCUCAGCUUCAGGACAAUCACAGUGAAAUGAAAAAUAAUAAUGAAAGCAUAGUGAGUGUGGGGGAUACCAAUGCCAAUCAAAUUGUGACAAACGUUAGAACCCCUGAAGGAGCUGUUACGAAAUGUGAUUUGACGGAUGAGAGUGGGAAUAUACACUCUGGAGGAUCCGAGACAGUUACUCAUCUGAAUACAGAGCAGAAUAAACUUCUGACCUUCAAAGACUCUCGGACCUGUCACACUGCUGUACAGCAAAGUAAGCUGCCCUCCACCACAAGCAAGGAAAUGGGGAAAGACUUUAGGACCAGAGAAGCUAAGGACAUAGCAAGGCACACCAGGAUUAGCCGAGGACAAAGUCUGUCCAAUUUAAAAAGUAACACAAAUGAUGCCAACUUAGAAGUUAUUUCCAAAGGUGAUGUUGACUUCACCCAGAACUUUUCUAAGGGCAAAAUGUCUAGGACUGUGGAGGUGGAGAGAAUAAAAAGGCUUUCUUUAGGAAGACCAAGUAAAUUCUCUCCUCAGUCUGAAGCAUUUGCAAAAGACUGUGUUGGCCGUGUGUCGAGUAAACGCCUGCUUUCUGCAUCACUGGACUCCAUUGACACAUCACACCGUUUGACAGAAAAUACAGAGAAAUCACAAGAAACAUCCACAGAUCAUUUUGUUGAGAUGGUGUUUCAUCCACUUGACAAUACCUCAGAGGAAAAUAUUGUAUUUUAUUCCAAACCGUCUACCUCAGGGAACAAGAAACUAAGUAAACCAGAAAAUGUACCAAAUGAAAGCACACUGCAUACUUCUCAUUCUCAACAUUCAGCUGUGAAGCCCAAUGAAACUGCUAGUAAAUCAGAAGCACAAUUAAGUCAGGGUGAUAAAAGUAAAAAGAUGGAACUUAAGACUGCACCAUCUCUGCAAUAUAAAAAUACAUGUCAACAAAAGAUUGAGAGAAUUAUGUUGGUGGAGUUCCUGGGAUGUCAAAAAGACAAAAAUACAUCAGUGGAGGAAGAGAAACGCUCUGGGUCUUAUGCUUCAAAAUUUCAAGCAUCCCAUUUUCAAGAGACCUGUAAUAAAGUAGAGCAUCCAUUGUCAAAUCCUGAUGACAAGUUGUUAAGUGAUGUCAACAUUGGUGGGGAAAGGAGAGGAAGCGAUGAUGGUGACAACAGGGCAACUAGUCAGGAUGGUGAAGAAAAUCCUGACAAAGAAGUGGAAACAAUAUUCUCACUCACCUGCAGCAGUAAAUCCAGCGGCAAAGUGACACCUAAAAAAAAUGAAACUUUACAUGAAGCUGAUGCAGUUUGCACUGAAACAGUUGGCGAACAAAUAUCUCUUACACAUAAUACUAAACUACCUGACAGCAAACACUUGAAAGUUGACGAGAACAAACUAACACUAGUCAAAGAAAGCACUGAGGAUACUGCUCUGCCUGCUUCUGAUCUCUCAUAUCAGCGCAGAGCACGCAGUGCAGAGACAGUGUCGCACCAACAACCUGACAACCAUGACAGUGACAUGGAAACCUUGAACUUUCCAGUUCCAAGUAAAAAGACAGCUAAUACACAGAAACAUCCUCCAGAGGAAGCAUCAGAGAGCUGUAAUGUUUCAGGAAAGGAUGAUGCCUUUUUAUGUGUCCCAACUCCUGUGCACGAAGUGGCAGCGCUGGAUGUUAAUAGUCAGCCCAUGCCAUCAAACAGCAAUUUGAAGGACCUUUAUGCACUUCAUGUUGACAAACUGUCACCCUCCUCAGUCCUACCUCCCAUUAACAGUACACAGUUGUUAAGCAUAUCCCCUAAAGUGCCUAUCAAGACUGCUUGCAGCAGCGCCAUCCCAAAACCUAUCCUGGUCCACUCCAAGGGCUCCCUUGCAGAUAAGACAGAUGCGGACAGUGACUGCAGUGAAAAGCUGGAAGAAAGCAUUGAGAUUAAACCUGCCAUACCCAGGCCCAAACCUGUGAGACCUAAAAUCAUCACAUACAUUAGGAGAAACCCUCGUUCAAUAGAUCAGCUUGACCCUUUGUUUGCACCAGCAGGGCUGCCCUUCGGUAGCCCUGCUUGUGGCAUGCCCAUCUCUACAGAGCAGAAGGCAUCCAAUGGAGGGGAGGCAAAAUCUGCCAGCAUCCUGUAUGAUAAAUUUAAACCUGACCUCCAGAAGCCAAGACUCUUCAGUUCUGGAUUGGUGGUGUCAGGAAUUAGGCCCCCAGGCCAUCACUUCGGUCCGAUGAAUGAGAAGUUUCUGCAGGAGGUUGGGGAAAGGCCUGCAAAAGAUGAAUUUUGCCCUCCACCAUAUACACACUAUGAGGUCCCACCAAGUUUUUAUCGAUCUGCCAUGAUACUCAAGCCACAGUUAGGACUGGGUGCAGUGUCCAGGUUACCAUCUGCAAAGAGCAGGAUUCUCAUUGCAAGUCAAAGAUCCUCAGGUAGCUGUCUCCAUCAGCAAGCAGAAAUAACGAGUGCUCCCAGCCUCUAUCAUCCUGAUGCUUCAGUUGAUCUUAAGAAAGGCUCAUGUCCAAGUGCUGCAAAAUCAAAUCUUCCCAAGCCCUGCCAGCCUGGACUUCGUCCUCCAGGUUAUUCACGGUUACCAGCAGCUAAACUGGCCACAUUUGGUUUUGUCAGGAGCUCAAGCGUUUCCUCUGUCUCCAGCAACCAGUCAAACGACAGUGCUCAGAGUGAUCAAAGCAGGACAACCAACCGUUCCAGCUUUGGAAAUGAAGAGCAAACCACUCCUAAAGCACCUGCACCUUCUAAAGAUGUCUCCAAGGGGAGCAGCAAGAGCACAGCACAGGUAUCGAGCAACACAGCCACUCCACGCAGGAGCUUACUUCCAGCACCAAAAACUGCCACAGCACCUGCCGGUCUGAAGAAAGAAGUACAAAAGGAUCAGGAUGCUAACAGACCAGCUGUUUCAUCCCCUAAGAAAUCAGCAGUAACAGCCACCAAGCUCCAUUCACCAGGACAUCCCAAGCAAAGGCCAACGACCCCAAAGAAUGGAUUCUCUCCCAAACCAGGAGAGAGUCGAGAUGCUGAAAAGCAGUUCAUUCAGAGGUUGAAGGAAAAGUGUGAUGAGCAGUCCCGACAGUUAAGCAUUAUUCGAGAUGAACUUCGAAGGGCCAGCUGUGGCUUUGACGUCUUUGCUAUAACAACACAGCACUUUUCCAGGCAGAAUGAAAAUGCCCUUGUGAAAAUAAAGGAGUUAGGAGUCGAGCUUGAAAAGAUCAGGGAUGAAGUUGCUCUCAACACAGCAAGAUGGAAGAAACUACAAAGCAAGAAGGAGGAGCUGGAGAGGCGCUUUGAGGAAGAGGUGAAGCAGCUUCACAAGCAGCAGCAGGAGGAACUGCAGAUUCUGGAGCAACGGCUGCAGGAGGAGUACAACACCAAGAGGGAGAGCCUGCAGGAACAGCACAGGCUGCAGCUGGAGCAAGUCAAAUUGCAGCACCAGGACCAGGUAGAAGAUAUCACAGCUGUACAUGAAGCUGCAAUGUUACAGCUGGAAAAUAACCACAUAGUUGCCAUCACAGUGCUGCAGGAUGAGAAUGACUGCAAAAUCCAAGAACUCAGUAUUGCUCACAAACUGGAAAAGGCACAACUGGAGGAGAACUUUGAAAAACUGCGGCUCUCGCUUCAGGACCAGAUAGACACCCUCACCUUCCAGAACCAAUCUCUUAAGGCCAAAGCAGACCGAUUUGAAGAGGCUCUGAAGAAAAACACAGAGGAACAACUGAAGAUUGUACGAGCUCCAUACCUGCAUUUAGAGAAAGAUCUGAAGAGCUUGAAACAUGUUCUGGAAAUGAAGAACCAUCAGAUUCACCAACAGGAGAAGAUGAUUAUGGACCUAGAAAAACAGGCAGAAAAAAACCUAAAACUGGAAGAAAGAAUCACCAUGCUGCAACAACAGAAUGAAGAGCUCAGAGCCAGGAUUGAGCAAAAUACUGUCAUAACAAGGCAAUUGUCAGAGGAGAAUGCUAAUCUUCAAGAGUACGUUGAGAAAGAAGUGGAGGAGAAGAAGAAGCUGAGCAGGACUAAUGAAGAGCUCCUCUGGAAGCUUCAAGAGGGAGAUGCCCUGAGCCCCGUGAAACUCCCCCCCUCAUCACCUACUUCUUUUUAUCAGUGCUCAUCAGGGAACUCGUCUCCAGCAAAAGUCAGAACCUUGCGGCGAUGACUGAGCCCUCAGCGCCGGAGGUUCCCUGCCUUUUGUGCAUUUCUGAUCUGCUAAAUGUUACCAUCCAAGGAACUAUCACCAUCAGCGGGUGCCCAGGGCUCAUGGCUGCAAACAUGCUCAGUAGCUGCAUAGCUUUACACUAGGCAGGGUACUCUUAUAGUCCCGAUAUAGGAGCUCUUGGUUCUGAUGUGUUGAUUAGGGUAGCAAGAUAGCAAAAAGCUAGGACAGCAGAAAGUUAGGAUAGCAAAACGUUUAGUUUGAGGUGUUAAUGUUUUAACUAUGGUUAGAGCCAGGAGUUGGAAAAUACUUUAUUAAUGGUUCAUCAGAACAAACUUUUGCUGCAGUAUUUCAGGUUAGUUACAAAUACAGUUUGAGUUGUGAAUAUUUCUGUAUAUGUGUCUGUGUUUAUAUACAUGUAUGUACUGUACCUUUAUACCUAUAUAUAGACGCACACACAUAUAUAUGUAGUUGCAGAUGUUCUGAAUUGCAUUUUUUAUAUUAUUGGAUACUACCAAGUGCUGAUAUAUUUUCAUUAGUCAGCAGUUUUCUAACUCGUGCCUAAGACUUGCAUCUAAACGAAAUGCAUUUCUGUUCAGCCUCCCAGGAAUAUUUAUACCCAACCUAGAAGAAAGUGACACAGAAGUAGAAGCGCCUUCCAAACAACCACCAAGUGGUACUCUAUGUAACGUGAACACCAGCGACUCUGACAUUCUGAGACAGUACUGCCUUCGAAACCAUCACCUUUACAUUGAACACCAGAUAAGAUACACAUACCAUUCGCCACUUUUUAAAUCUUAGCAUUGAUAUUGUUAGUGGAGAUAGGCUAGAGGUGAGAAACAUGAGGCUUUUAGCAAAUUUGAUAGAGGUUACUGGUUAACGUGUUUCAAUUUUAGUGUCUUUAAAUCCUAGUUAGAUCUUAUCUUGGUUUACCUUGUCCUGGUUUGGAUACAAUCAAAACCUCUGGCUGUAGGUUCCUGUCCAUUUUGAUUUAUUUCAAGUCCUGUAAGCAAGAAGGAGAAAAUAGGUCGUUCAUCCUUAACCUUUGCUGGACAAGAGGUUUCCAGUAUGGGGAUGAGAUAAUGGGCACUUGCUAGGGCUCUAACCUCCUCUCAGCUGAAACACCAAACACAGCACAGCGGAAUACCUGGGCGCAGGCGAGGUCAGAAUUACUUUCCUUCCACACAUAUGUGUUGUUUCAGAUUGCUAAAGCUUACCCAAACUCACAGAGCACCUUGAACAUUCAUGGCAAAGAGUGGCUAAACUACCUUUAACUUCUACCUUUAACUUCCUACCUAGAAGCAAAGAAAUCCACCCAUGCUUGUGGUGAUCCUCACACAAUGGGGUGGCAAGGCCAACGAGAGGCUGGGGUGGGACAGGCUACAGGCCCCACAGGCACUGCUAGCAAGCAAAAAACAUCCCUGAGCAUAGCUAUUAAAACAAAAGGGACCUGUGGGAUGCUUUUCUAUCCAGCCUGGGGCCCAAGAGCCUGCAUGCAUUCCUGCUCCCAGCACCAGGGCCAAAGCAAGUGGGAGGUGGUCCCUGCAGCAAAUCCCUGUGGUGAGGGAGUGCUCACAGGGUGGCAUUGCACAGCACUGCCAUAACGCUGGUGUAGGAGCUGUGCUUCAGCAUUCCUGGGGAGUGCUCAGGAUUCACAGACUGCAGCUUAGAUACAGCUUCAAUCACUGUCAGUGUGUCUGUGGACUGUUCCACAGUGUUAAAAAGAAAAAAAAGGGGUUUUUUUUCUCCUUUUUAGAGAAAUUUAUAUUUUGUAGCAGCUUUUGCAUGAUACUGUGAUACUGAGUAAACUGAGCAUCUUGUUAGAAUAGCUCAUGCCACACUAAUACGGUUGAAAUGCAUUACUAGAUUUUAGUGUGUCCAGCAAGUACAACCUGAAAGUAAGAUAGAUACCUAGCACACACAUGCACACAAAGCCCCUUCUUGCCAAGUACAAUUUUAAUCACUUUUAUACUUGCUAAAUGCACAGAUAUCUGCAAUACUGCAUUGCCAUGUUUCAUCCUGCCAAUACAAUUCUGAUACAAUGAGAUGAUAAGUUCAUAGGAUGAUGUGGGUUAGGAGGGCCAUUAAAGCUCAUCCAGUUCCAACCCCGUUGCCAUGGGCAGGGACACCUUCCACUAGACCAAGUUGCUCCAAGCCCAAUCCAACCUGGCCUUGGACACUGCAGGGAUGGGGCAGCCACAGUUUCUCUGGGCAACCUGUGCCAGUGCCUCAGCACCCUCACAGGGAAGAACUUCUUCCUAACGUCUAAUCUAAAUGUAUACUCUUUAAAUAUAAAACCACUGCACCUUGUCCUGUCAUGUCAGGCCCUGGCAAAAUCUCUUUCAAGUCCCCUUUAAGUACUGAAAGGCCACAAUAAGGUCUCCCUGGAGUCUUCUCCAGGCUGAACAACCCAAACACUCUCAGGCUUUCCUCAUACAAAAGGUGUUCCAGCCCUUUGACCAUUUUUGUGGCCCUCCUCUGGACCCUCUCCAACAGGUCCGUAUCUUUCCUGUGCUGAGGACUCCAGCACUCCAGGUGGAGUAAAGUGGAGUAGAGAGGUAGAAUCAUCUCCCUCAACCUGCUGGCCACACUGCUUUUGGUGCACUUGGGUGAGAUGAUACAACCAGAGUGGUUACCAUUAUGCUAAUCUAAACUUUCCCAUACUAAACACACUAAAAUAUUGGCCAAUUCAUUCUUUCCCUCUAUUUCUGGUGCUUUCCUUUGUUGGUUUAAAUUCAUAUGCAAGAGAUGCUUCCAGCAGUGAAUUGGGAGUGAGGCCUUUAUUUUGGGAAAACUGGGACCAAUCCCAGCUCCACCUUUGUUUGGUAUAAUUACCAACCCUUUUCCCAUCUAACUUUUGCCUCCCAAUCCUGCCUCUCACUGAAUUCUUCCUUGGCACAGCCUCAAGGGCCUGCCCAAACACUAGUAAAGCUGCAGGAAGUUUUGCCUGACCAGCAGGGAAGCAGCCACCCAUCCCCACAGGGAUGUGAAGGGUGGUUCCUUCUGGUACAAGCCCAGAAACAUGGACUUUUUUCCCCCAAAAAAGAUACUCCUUUUUCCUGCUCUCCCUCUGCCCUGUCCCGCAUUGCCUCUGUGUGCCAGAGUAGCUGUGGAGUGGGGCAGCCGCUCCCAGGGGAUGAAGACCCCAGAGUGCAUGGCCAAGCCGGAACCUCUGCUCUUGCUGGGGAGCUGUGACCAUGCAAAGUGACCGUGCCAUUCCCAGCAGUUUGUGGGCCACAUCUCUAUCCUUGCUUCCUGGCCAUCCCUGCUCAAAGGCAGGCAAGGAGAAGCUUUUGGUUUUGGAGGUCUGGAGACUUCCCGAAUGCCAUAGCUACAGCAGGGGCUUUCCAGUUUGGCAGGGUAGCAUGGCCUUUGGCAGGAGAGGGAACGCAGCCAGCACUAAGCAGAAAGGGUUUUAUUGCCCCUGUGUCUUUAGAAGAUGCUGUUUGGUUAAUCUUUAUUUGAUGCAGAAGGCUGCAAUAAAACAGCCUGCUGCUGCUCUGGAGCAGCUCCAGAGUGGCACCGGGAGUGAGUAACAGCCAUGGGAUAGCAGGAGAGCUGGCACGAGCUGGGGGCAUGGAGAGCUUCGGGAUAGCUCCGUUCUCCUGUGGGAAUGUGCCAUUUGAUCUCAUUCAAAUGGCACCUCAUAUAGCUGAGGGCAUGGACAGGACACAGUGAUGCCCAGCAACAAAGGCUUGUGGUGGUGAUAGGCAGCGGGAGGAAAGGAAAAGCUAUCAAGUGCAAAAUCAGGUAUUUUAUGUCUCUGCACUGAUGGUGGUUGUGUCCCAUGGACACGCUGAGGAGCCUCUGUACAGUUUCCCAUGCAGCAGGAGUUUUGUGGUCCCAUUUACUAUGUGGCUAAUGACGACAGGAAGAGUUUGUAUUAUUUCAGUUAUGAUGUACAGAUAAGUGUAAUAUAUUCCUGAUAAUAAAUACAUGUGCCAGCACCUAUAUGGGCUGAUGCAUAUGAA